UGUUCCAAACUGGCAUGGUGGGUUAUCCUGAAGCACUGACAGAUCCUUCCUAUAAAUCCCAGAUCUUGGUACUGACUUACCCACUGAUUGGGAAUUAUGGUGUUCCUCCAGAUGAGUUGGAUGAGUACGGUCUCAGCCGGUGGUUUGAAUCUAAUGGCAUUCAUGUAGCCGCACUGAUUGUGGAUGAAUGCUCUCGAAAUCCCAGCCACUGGAGUGCUACACGCUCACUGGAUCAUUGGCUGAAAGAAAAGGGGAUUCCUGGUUUGGAAGGAAUUGAUACGCGAGCACUAACCAAGCGGAUCCGGGAAAAAGGGAGUUUGCUGGGAAAACUGAUACCAGAGGGCCUCCAUAGUUCACAGCAGCCAUUUGAUGAUCCAAACACAAGGAAUUUGGUGAAGGAAGUCUCACUAAAAGAACCCCGCUUGUUCAACCCCGGUGGGUCUGUGAGAAUCACAGCAAUUGACUGUGGCCUGAAAUACAACCAGAUCCGAUGCCUGUGUGCUCGCGGGGCAGCUGUUACUGUGGUGCCCUGGGAUCAUCCUCUGGAUAGUACAGAAUUUGAUGGCUUGUUUGUUAGCAAUGGUCCUGGAGAUCCACAAUUCUGCCAGGAAACUAUUUCCAAUCUGCACCGUGUGCUGGAAUUGCCAACUCCAAAGCCCAUCUUUGGCAUCUGCUUGGGUCAUCAGCUGCUGGCUCUGGCCAUUGGAGCUAAGACUUACAAGAUGAAGUACGGAAACCGUGGACACAACCAGCCUUGCCUGCAUGAGGGAUCCCAGCGCUGCUUCAUCACAUCGCAGAACCAUGGCUUUGCAGUAGAUCCAGCUAGUUUGCCAUCCGGCUGGACUCCUCUCUUUACCAAUGCAAAUGAUCACUCUAACGAGGGACUUGUGCAUGAGUCAAAGCCAUUUUUCAGUGUGCAAUUCCAUCCAGAGCACAAUGCGGGGCCGAUGGAUCUCGAAUGUCUUUUUGAUGUCUUCCUUGAGACAGUGCAGGACACCGUAGCUGGAGGGCAGAGCCCUAAAACAGUGUGCAAACGACUGCAGGACUGUCUGCACGAUUCAAAAGUCCUGCCUGCCAUCAACCUGCCCCGCCCUCACAAAGUGCUCAUCCUGGGCUCGGGGGGCCUUUCUAUAGGGCAGGCAGGUGAGUUUGACUACUCUGGCUCCCAGGUGAUAAAGAACGAGCGCCCAGAUGGGAUCUUGCUGACGUUUGGAGGACAGACAGCACUCAACUGUGGUGUGGAGCUGACUAAGGCUGGGGUGCUGGAACGCUACAACGUGCGUGUGCUGGGAACUCCCGUGGCCUCAAUUGAGAUGACAGAGGACCGCAAAGUCUUCGUGGAGAAGAUGGAGGAGAUAGGGGAACAUGUAGCACCUAGUGAGGCUGCCUGCUCCAUUGAACAAGCACAUGUUGCUGCAGAACGACUUGGCUACCCAGUGCUUGUACGCUCAGCCUAUGCAUUGGGCGGGCUGGGCUCUGGAUUUGCCAAUGGACGGGAAGAGUUGAUGGCACUGGUGAGCCAGGCCUUUUCCCACACCUCGCAGGUGCUGGUGGACAAGUCACUCAAGGGUUGGAAGGAGAUUGAGUAUGAGGUGGUGCGUGAUGCCUAUGACAACUGUGUCACGGUAUGCAAUAUGGAGAAUCUGGAUCCGUUGGGCAUCCACACUGGUGAAUCUAUAGUGGUGGCCCCCAGCCAGACGCUCAACGACAGGGAAUACAGUCUCCUGCGCACUACAGCCAUUAAAGUGGUUCGUCACCUGGGGAUCAUUGGAGAAUGUAAUGUUCAGUAUGCCCUGAAUCCUGAGUCUGAGCAGUACUACAUCAUAGAGGUGAAUGCUCGGCUCUCGCGGAGUUCAGCUCUGGCAAGCAAGGCUACUGGCUACCCCUUGGCCUAUGUUGCUGCUAAGCUGGCUUUGGGAAUCCCGUUGCCUAUCCUCAGGAACUCGGUCACUAAUUCCACCACAGCCUGCUUUGAACCCAGCCUUGAUUAUUGUGUAGUCAAGAUUCCACGCUGGGACCUCAGCAAGUUUCUGCGUGUGAGCACUAAGAUUGGCAGUUCCAUGAAGAGUGUGGGUGAGGUCAUGGCCAUUGGAAGGAGUUUUGAGGAGGCAUUUCAGAAGGCCCUUCGCAUGGUGGAUGAGAAUUGCGUGGGCUUUGAUCCCACAAUAAAACCAGUCUCUGACAUGGAGCUGGAGACUCCCACCGACAAGCGGAUCUUUGUGUUAGCAGCUGCACUGCGGGCCGGCUAUUCCAUUGAGCGUCUCUAUGAGCUCACCAAGAUUGAUCGCUGGUUCCUGCACAAGAUGAAAAACAUAGCUGAUCAUGCACUGUGCCUGGAAUCCUAUCGCCAGGCAGAGUCAGGGUCCAUGCCACCUCAUGUCUUGAAGCUGGCCAAGCAGUUGGGCUUCUCAGAUAAGCAGGUGGCUCAGGCUGUGCUCAGCACGGAAUUGGCAGUGAGGAAGAUGCGCAAUGACCUGAAGAUUUUGCCAGUGGUGAAACAGAUUGAUACGGUGGCAGCAGAAUGGCCGGCCCAGACUAACUAUCUCUAUCUCACCUACAAUGGCACCGAGCAUGACCUGGUUUUCCUUGAACCACACGUCAUGGUCAUCGGUUCUGGUGUCUACCGUAUUGGCAGCAGUGUGGAAUUUGACUGGUGUGCUGUUGGGUGCAUCCAGGAGCUGCGUAAGAUGGGCUACAAAACCAUUAUGGUGAACUACAACCCUGAGACAGUAAGCACAGACUACGACAUGUGUGACCGGCUCUAUUUCGAUGAAAUGUCCUUUGAGGUGGUGAUGGAUAUUUAUGAGCUGGAGAACCCUGAGGGUGUAAUUCUGUCCAUGGGGGGACAGCUUCCCAAUAAUAUUGCCAUGGCCUUACACCGCCAGCAGUGCCGGAUCCUGGGCACUUCCCCUGAAGCCAUUGACUCCGCUGAGAACCGCUUCAAGUUCUCCCGUCUUCUGGAUACCAUCAAUAUCAGCCAGCCCCUCUGGAAGGAGCUCUCAGACAUGGAGUCAGCCAAGCAGUUCUGCUGCAAGGUAGGAUACCCAUGCGUGGUGCGUCCUUCCUACGUGCUUAGCGGCGCUGCCAUGAACGUGGCUUACACGGAUAAUGACCUGGAGAGGUUCCUCAGCAAUGCUGUUGCUGUUUCCAAGGAGCAGCCUGUUGUCAUCUCCAAGUUCAUUCAAGAGGCCAAGGAGAUAGAUGUCGAUGCUGUGGCCUGUGAUGGACAAGUGGUGGCCAUUGCCAUUUCCGAGCAUGUGGAGAAUGCUGGUGUACAUUCAGGGGAUGCCACAUUAGUGACACCACCACAAGACAUUACACCCAAGACACUGGAGCGGAUCAAGGCGAUUGUGCACGCCAUUGGACAGGAACUGCAGGUUACAGGACCCUUCAACCUCCAACUCAUUGCCAAGCAUGACCAGCUGAAGGUGAUUGAGUGCAAUGUGCGAGUAUCUCGGUCCUUUCCGUUUGUCUCCAAGAUGUUGGGCGUUGACUUGGUAGCUUUGGCCACGCAAGUGAUCAUGGGAGAAGAGGUGGAGUCCGUUGGGCUCAUGACAGGCACAGGCAUUGUUGGUGUCAAGGUGCCCCAGUUUUCAUUCUCACGACUGGCAGGUGCUGAUGUGGUGCUGGGGGUAGAGAUGACCAGCACAGGUGAGGUGGCCUGCUUUGGGGAGAAUCGUUGUGAGGCCUAUCUGAAAGCUAUGCUGAGUACUGGCUUCAAGAUUCCCAAGAAGAACAUCCUGCUGACCAUUGGGAGUUACAAGAACAAGAGUGAGUUGCUGUCCACAGUGCGUACCCUGGAAGGCUUGGGCUAUAAUCUCUAUGCCAGUCUGGGCACUGCUGAUUUUUAUACAGAACAUGGCAUUAAGGUGAUGGCGGUGGAUUGGCAUUUUGAAGAGGCAGAUGGCAAUGAAAUGCCAGGCAAGGAGAACCAACAGCGCAGCAUUUUGGAUUAUCUGGCUGAAAAUCACUUUGAUUUAGUGAUCAAUCUGUCGAUGCGCAACUCUGGCGGGAGGAGGCUCUCUUCGUUUGUCACUAAGGGCUACCGAACCCGACGGCUGGCCGUGGACUACUCCGUGCCCCUCAUCAUAGACAUCAAGUGCACCAAGCUUUUUGUUGAGGCUCUUGGGCAAAUUGGAGGGCCCCCUCCGUUGAAGAUGCAUGUGGACUGUAUGACCUCACAGAAACUCAUCCGCUUGCCAGGUCUAAUAGAUAUCCAUGUGCACUUGAGAGAACCAGGAGCCACCCAUAAAGAAGACUUCAAAUCUGGUACAGCUGCUGCUCUAGCUGGUGGCAUCACGAUGGUUUGUGCCAUGCCAAACACUUCACCUGCUAUCACUGAUACCAGUUCUUUUGCCCUAGUGCAGAAGUUAGCUGAGGCUGGAGCCCGCUGUGAUUUUGCACUGUACGUUGGAGCUUCAUCCGACAAUGCUGGCUCCCUGGGGCCAGUUGCUGGAGCUGCUGCUGGUCUAAAGAUGUACCUGAAUGACACUUUCUCUGACCUUAAGAUGGACAAUGUUUCUCUCUGGAUGGAGCACUUUGAAAAGUGGCCCAAGCACCUUCCAAUUGUAGCACACGCCGAGAAACAGACAGUGGCAGCCAUUUUGAUGGUGGCACAGCUAUACCAGCGUCCUGUCCACAUCUGUCAUGUGGCCCGCAAGGAAGAGAUCCUGAUCAUCAAAGCCGCAAAGCAGAAGGGCAUUGAGGUGACCUGUGAGGUGGCUCCCCAUCACCUCUUUCUCUGCCAGGAAGAUCUGAGGCGUAUUGGGGAAGGCCGGGGCCAGGUGCGCCCCAUGUUGGGCACUCGUGAAGACAUGGAGGCCCUUUGGGACAACCUGGACACCAUUGACUGCUUUGCUACAGACCAUGCUCCACACACAUUGGAGGAGAAGCUUGGAAAGGAACCUCCCCCUGGCUUUCCAGGUCUGGAGACCAUGCUGCCUCUGUUGCUUACAGCAGUUUCUGAAGGGCGCCUGACCGUGGAAGACAUUGUCAAGCGCCUCUAUGAUAAUCCUCGGCGCAUAUUUGGACUGCCUGUGCAGGAAGACACAUACAUUGAGGUGGAUCUGGAGCAGGAGUGGCUGGUGCCAACCCAUACAGCUUUCAGCAAAUCCCGGUGGACUCCUUUUGAAGGGAUGCGAGUAAAGGGGACUGUACGCCGUGUUAUUCUCCGUGGAGAAGUGGCUUAUAUUGAUGGACAGGUUCUCGUAUCCCCAGGUUAUGGGCAGGAUGUGCGAAAGUGGCCAUGCUCAGUACCUCUCCCAGCACCGGCCAAAGAGGUUCUGAAGACACCUGAGCGUCCUCAUACCACCGUGCAAACAGAGAUCUUUCGUGGUCGGGCAUCCAGUCCUCGGCGAGCUCCUCCAGUGGGAGAGGCACGAUUCUACUUGGCCCCCCGCAUCCAUCGUGCUUCAGAUCCUGGGCUGCCAGCUGAUGAUCUCAGAGAAAAAGCUAUCAAAAAAGCACCUGAGCCAGACUUGUCCAUGGUCCAGGAUGGCCCAUUAUACCUUGCUGGCCCAUUACCCAAACAGGCAUCUCUUCAGAGUUUGCCACAUCCUCAAACCUCACCAUUACUCCAUCCUCUUGUGGGGCAACAUAUACUGUCAGUCAAGCAGUUCACAAAGGGACAGAUGUCUCACUUGUUUAACAUCGCACACAAUCUGCGCAUGUUGGUGCAAAAAGAGCGCAGUCUUGACAUCCUCAAGGGGAAGGUGAUGGCCUCCAUGUUUUACGAGGCAAGCACGCGUACCAGCAGCUCCUUUUCUGCAGCCAUGUACCGUCUGGGUGGCUCUGUGCUCCCCUUUUCCGAGGCCACCUCAUCCUGCCAAAAGGGAGAAUCUCUGGCAGACUCGGUCCAGACCAUGACCUGCUAUGCUGAUGUCGUUGUUCUGAGGCAUCCCCAGCCAGGUGCAGUGGAGCUGGCUGCCAAACAUUGCCGCAAACCUGUCAUCAAUGCAGGUGAUGGAGUUGGAGAACACCCCACUCAAGGUCUGCUGGACAUCUUCACCAUCCGUGAAGAGUUGGGUACUGUCAAUGGCAUGACGAUCACCAUGGUGGGAGACCUGAAGCACGGGCGUACAGUCCACUCUCUUGCCCGCCUUCUGACCUUGUAUCGUGUCAGCUUGCGUUACGUCACUCCACCCAACCUGCGCAUGCCUUCUGAUAUCUUCCACUUCGUAGCCUCCAGGGGAAUCAAGCAGGAGGAGUUUGAGAACAUUGAAGAGGCUUUACCAGACACGGAUGUUCUUUACAUGACUCGCAUCCAGAAGGAGCGCUUUGCUUCAAUCCAGGAAUAUGAGAUGGUAGGUGAAAGCACCCAGAUGAACUGUCCUUACGCCAAAAGGCUAGAUCCACACAUUGCCCUUAGUCCCGGUUUAUUCAUUUCUUGAACAAGCUAUAAUUAAAUGGUUCCCAGAAUUAUUUUCUGAACCUUGGAAAAUAACUCAAUAUGUAUAUGUCUCUUGUCCCAACCAGCAGUGCAAGAUGCUAUGUUUCCCCUCACCACCAGAAUAUAUUCUUGUUGUUAGUUGUGAAGUUAUGUCCAACCCAUCACGACCCCAUGGACAACAUUCCUCC